AUGAAGACACAGAGUUUCUCCACCCCAAGUCCUGUUACUUCUCCAGAGAUCGCUCAGCGCAGGGAAAUUUCGCAAAAUGGCCCACCAAAGACCCCUCCGAAUACACGCAUGCUAUCUCCACCGGGAGCUCCACGUCAAUCCCGAUUCGUUCGUCCAGAAGUAACUCCGCAAUCAAACGGAGCAUUUAGAAGUCCGCAGAAUAGUAGAGAUGCCCGCUCUCGUUCACCUCCAAGAGAUCAUGCGCCUGGAUACCGGGACCGAUCCCUAGUAAAUGACCGUCUGUUUGGCGGACGAGCGACUCAAGAAUCAUUUUUGGGUCCUUUCUUGGUCGAAUCCAUUGAACAAGACACAGUCAUAGAUAACGCACAGCCUCCCAGCUCAUACGCGUAA